AAAGUUGCUACAAAAUGGACCUCAGUUCAUUCCAAGAUAAUUCACAAAAUUUUACCUUAAAAUCUGUGGUACCAGAAGUAACGUUAAACGAACCAUGUUGUGUUGGCAUCGAUGAAGCAGGAAGAGGACCUGUCCUAGGGCCGAUGGUUUACGGAAUCUGUUAUUUUCCUCUGACAAAAUCUGAAAAAGUGAAAAAUCUUGGAGUUGCAGACUCUAAAACACUUACAGAGGAACAGCGCGAGGAUCUGUUUAAAAUCAUUGAUGAGAACAAGGAGUUCAUUGGUUGGGCAAUUGAUAUCUUAUCACCUAAUUACCUGUCUAACAGUAUGCUGAGAAGAACAAAAUACAGCCUGAAUGAAAUAUCUCAUGACACAGCCAUUGGACUAAUAAACCUUCUUCUCUCAAGUGGCAUUAAUGUCCAUGAGAUUUAUGUAGACACAGUGGGAGUAGCAGACAAAUACCAAGACAAACUUCAAAAGAUUUUUCCUGGAAUCAAGAUAACUGUGGCUCCUAAGGCUGAUGCUAAGUUCCCUGUGGUUAGUGCUGCAAGUAUCUGUGCAAAGGUUGCCAGAGACAGAAUAUUGAAAGAAUGGAAAUUUCCUGAGAACAUUGAAUUUGGUAAUGAACAUGGUUCUGGUUAUCCUUCAGAUCCUACCACCAAGAAGUGGUUAUCUGAUUCAGUUGACAAGGUCUUUGGCUUUCCUCAACUGGUGCGAUUCAGUUGGUCAACAUGUAAUAAUAUUUUGGAUAACAAAGCUGUUGACGUACAUUGGGAUGAUGAUGGCAGUGAUGAGGAUUCCCCACCACCAGGGACUGCUUCAAUAACUUCUUUUUUUGCUCCCAAAAAGGAUUCAGUUGUUUACCAAAGACACCAGUUCUUCCGAGACCGUCAUCUAGAACCUGUGAAUAGUUUCUAGAGAAGAAAACUGUUGAAAAUAGCCACCAUGUGUAUAAGCUACUAUGGAAGUAACUUCAUAGUUCUCGUGCUUUUCUUUGAUUAAGUUGUUCCUUUUCUAAGAUUGCUUUAGAACUCCUUAUAAACUGCACUAGAAAAAUAUUUACUACCUCUCACACCUUUAUUCAAUAAA